GUGGCUCCCGCCUGUAAUACCAGCACUUUGGGAGGCUGAGAUGAAAAGAUUGCUUGAGGCCAGGAGUUCAAGACCAGCCCGAACAACACAGUAAGACUUGCUCUCUACAAAAAAAUAAACCAAAUUAGCUGGGCAUGGUGGCAUGUGCCUGUAGUCCCAGCCACUCAGGAGGCUGAGGCGGGAGGAUCGCUUUGAGCCACAGUGUUCGAGGAUGCAGUGAGCUGAGAUUGUGACACUGAACUUGAGCCUAGGUGACUGGGCGAGACCAUGUCUUAAAAAAAAAAAUUACACGGAUCUCCCACCAGUCACAGAAAGCGGCUCUGACCCAGCUGAAGUAAUUCUUUCCACUGCCCCAGAACCCACCCACGGGAGCAGGCAGCUGGGUUGGCAGGGCGGGGUGGGGCGGCCUUGGAAUAGGGGCUGUGGCAGUACACAGAGACCCUGCUGCGCUGGCUGUGGGGCUGACGAGAAACUACUAAAGUUCUUGGGGAAGCAAAGUAGAAUUUCGUAAGAACAAAAUGGAUGGCGAGAAGAAAACCUACGGUGGCUGUGAAGGCCCUGACGCCUUGUAUGUCAAAUUGAUAUUAUCUGACGGCCACGAAUUUAUUGUCAAAAAAGAACGUGCAUUAACAUCGGGCACGAUAAAAGCCAUGUUGAGUGGCCCAGGUCAAUUUGCUGAGAACGAAGCCGAUGAGGUCCAUUUUAGAGAGAUCCCUUCACAUGUGCCAUCAAAAGUAUAUGCAUUAUGCAUGUGUUUUAUGUACAAGGUUCGCUACACUAACAGCUCCACUGAGAUUCCCGAAUUCCCAGUUGUGCCUGAAAUUGCACUAGAACUGCUGAUGGCUGCGAACUUCCUAGAUUGUUAA